CCUCCUCCAGAAAGAGAGAUGAGUAGCAGAGAGUCUAAGGACAGAAAAGUGAGGAAACCAGCCGUCGGCUCUUCCUCCCAGAGCAGCACUGCUGGUAACGAGCAGGUUCUACAAGGCAUACGAGUCAACCUCGCCGCCUCUAGGAAAUCCGUCACCCCUUCUCCAGUCAGAGAGACAGCUACCCCCAGUCCAGUGACGCUAGUCGAGUCUUCUUCUCCUGGAAGCAGUAGAGUGAAGUCUCGGCCUUCGCCUGUGGAGAGCGAGAGACAGAGGCACCGUCACGGUGAACAGAUGGCUCGAAUAAGGGAUAACUUGAAGCCUCACCACAAAUCCGACCCUGGCUUUAACUAUCCGCCCGAUGCUGUGGACCAGGACAUGCUACACGAACUCAUCAUGAAAGGCUACGAUCAGAACUCCUGCAUAGCUGCCCUGAUUCAGUGUAACUCGCACAGUGUUGAAGCAGCACUUGAUGUCCUAAUGUCAGGAAAGAGAAGUACACCCAUCUCCACCACCAGCAGCACCGGCCUAUCAUCAAUCAGAGAGACAAGUGGCUAUCACCCUCACCCUCCCCCUCCCCAGUAUCAGACCUCACUUGACAACAGCGACCUCCUUCCCAAUCACUUUGAGACCACAUCAACCUCUUCUCUCCCCGGACAGUCCUUCACCAAGCACUCUGUCACCAUGGACCCAUACCCUCCGACUCUCAUCACCCGCGACCUCUCCCCAAUCCACUCCUCGCCUGAUCAUUCUCCCCACGGUACUCCACCCCCGGAAUCAAAACGACAUGUACAUGUAUCGCCUCCUCCUGAUGUACAGCCAAGGACCUACUCACCGUUUUCCGCCCCUUUCUCUCGUCAGAUGCAGACUCCGCCCGUCUAUGAUAGAAACGCUCGAUUACCUCAUGGGUACUCUCCUAUUAUUCGUCCGGCCUCUGAGCUCUCAGACAGCGGGAUAGAAGAGGAGACUGCACCUCAGAGAAACCCCGUGCCGCCCGAAGCAUUCAAAUUCUACAUGGAGCAACACAUAGAGAACGUUCUAAAGGCCUACCAGCAGAGACAACAAAGGCGGAUGAAACUGGAAGUAGAGAUGGGAAAGAGAGGACUAGACGAGGCCACGUGUGAGCAAAUGCGCAAGCUCCUAGCACAAAAAGAGUCAAACUUCCUGAGGAUGAAAAGAGCAAAGAUGCACAGAGACCAGUUUGAUAUAGUGAAGCCGAUCGGAGUGGGAGCUUUUGGUGUCGUAUCACUCGUGAGGAAGAAAGACACUCGACGUCUCUACGCCAUGAAGAGCCUCCGUAAAGCUGAUGUAGUCCGUCGUAAUCAAGUAGCACAUGUGAAGGCAGAGAGGGAUAUACUAGCGGAGGCUGACAAUGAGUGGGUGGUGAAGCUCUAUUAUUCAUUCCAAGACGCAGAGUGUUUGUAUUUUGUGAUGGAAUACAUCCCUGGUGGUGACAUGAUGAGCUUGCUAAUCAAACUGGGAACAUUUCCUGAGCACCUCACCCUCUUCUACAUAGCAGAGCUCGUGUGUGCCAUUGAGUCGGUCCACAAGAUGGGAUUCAUUCAUCGCGACAUAAAACCAGACAACAUCCUCAUAGAAGCUGACGGGCACAUUAAACUAACGGAUUUCGGGCUCUGCACUGGUUUUAGGUGGACACACGACUCAAAGCGAUAUCAGCCAAAAGGGAGCAGUGGACACACAAGACAAGGGAGCAUUGAGCCAGACACCUCUGCGUGGGGAGACCAGUGUACUUGUCCAAUGAAACCACUUGAGAUUAGAAGAUUGAAAGAACAUCACAGAUGUGUAGCUCAUUCACUAGUAGGCACCCCUAACUACAUUGCUCCAGAGAUACUCCGUCGUGUUGGCUACACUCAGUUGUGCGACUGGUGGUCGGUGGGCGUCAUCAUGUAUGAAAUGUUAGUCGGUCAGCCUCCGUUCAUGGCUUCAGCACCUGCAGACACUCAGCUAAAGAUUGUCAAUUGGCCCGAGUACCUUAGGAUACCUCACCACGCCCAGUUAUCGACGGCCGCACGUGAUCUUGUGUUACGAUUCCUCUCUGACCCCCAGGACAGGAUUGGACGAAAUGGAGCGGACGAGAUAAAGCACCAUCCUUUCUUCACCUCUCGCAUUGAUUGGGAUGUCGGAAUACGUAACUAUGUCGCUCCUUACAAACCAAAGAUAAUGUACGAGGGGGAUACCUCAAAUUUCGACCCGGUCCCCCAGAGUCAAGUCCAGAAGAUGUACAAACAGGCCACGCCUACUGAAGUAAUGCCACAAGACCACCCUGAACACGCUUUCUACGAGUUUACCUUUAUCCGUUUCGCUGCUUCGGAUAGAGCAUCGGAUGCCAAAAAGCCGACCAUAGCUCCAUCUUCCUCCUCCUCCUCUUCCUCCUAUCACUCCCAGGCUCAGGCUAGCAGUAGUGGUAGCUCUGCUCAUGAUAGACCUCAGAGCAGUCAGAGGGAGCACAAGGAAAUGAGGAAGGAGAAGAAGCGCACCACUCCACAGCCAGUCUAUGUGUGAGAUAUACUUUGUAGACCAAUCUUUUGUCAAAUACACACACACAUACACACACUCAUCCUCAUUGUUUAUAUUCCAUUAUUAAAAUAAUAUAGUGUCAAUUGCUGGCCUGAUCUACAGUAUUCUUUUUGGCUCUAUCUUUUUUAUAUACAUUCUCUGACAUUUUAUUUCUCCUUAUUAUUAUUAUUUUUGUACACAUGCAUUAUUGAAAACAGCACCUCUCUGCCUUAUGAUAAUAUACAGUUUCAUCAUUAUUUUUGUAAAAUUAUUAUUAUUAUUAUUUUUGGAUUUCUGUUCUAUCAAAGAAGCAGUGUCCCUUU